AUGGCGCAAAUAACAUUCAACCCGGACUUACUCAGUACCCUAAAAGACAAAAUCGUCGUUCUCACAGGAGGAGCAACAGGCAUCGGUCUCGAAGCCGUCAAGCAAUUCCACCAAGCAGGAGCCAAAAUCGCAUUCGGCGACAUCGCCACCUCUCUCGGCCAACAACUAGCCAAUUCCUUUUCCUCAGAUAGAAUCCUCUUCCAACACUGCGACACCAGUUCCUACACCUCCCAACUCUCGCUCUUCAAACUUGCCCACUCAACCUGGGGACGGAUAGACAUCGUAGUAGCCAACGCCGGGAUCUCAAUCCCUCAAGAUCCAUUCGAAGCCGACCAAGACGUAGAAAAAGAGUUCUCGACAAGGGAAAUAGACGUCAAUCUCAGAGGCGCCCUGUACACGACACGGAUCGGAUGUCAUUAUCUAAGGAAGAAUGGAAAGGAAGGAGGGGAUCUGGUGUUGGUGUCUAGUAUUGCGGGGUUCAAGGAGAGUACCGGGUUGACGGUUUAUACGGCGAGUAAACAUGGUGUUUUGGGGAUUUUGAGGGGGUUGAGAGUUCAGGUUGCGAGGGAGGGGAUUAGGGUUAAUGGUGUUUGUCCUUGGAUGACUAAAACUGGGAUGGUCAAAGGCAUCGAAUCAGGUUGGCGAGAUCUAGGACUCCCAGAAAAUAAACCAGAAGAUGUAGCGAGAGCAAUAGUCAUCUGCGCAACAGCGAAUCGAGCGAAGGCGAAGUAUGAUACUCAUACCUUGUCUACAUCUCGGAAAACGCACUCAGGAGCAAAAACUCCUUUCUGGGGCAAAAUACUCUUUGUUUCUGGAGGAGAAAGUUACGAGAUUGAAGAUAAUUAUGAUAGAUUAGAGCCUGAGUGGCUUGGGGUGGAAAACAGUGAGGUGUUGAAGAAGGGACAGGAUUUCUUGAUGAAUGGGGAGACGAGUUGGGAUACUACCAAAGCUAAUCUGUAA